UGCUGUCAAAUAAAGAUGCUGUUCAUCGGAGUGGGAGCUCUGGUUUUUGUAGCUGUCGCCUUUGGCGAUUCCUUGGAUGUCUGCUUGGAGGACAUGGGCUGUCUGCGAGGCACUUUAAUGCCAGGAUUUCAGAGUGGAGAAUUCGAGGCCUUCAUGGGCAUUCCCUUUGCCCAGCCACCAGUUGGACCGCUACGCCUUAAGAAUCCCGUGCCGGCGGCUGCCUGGGAGGGAGUACUCGAUGCUGGAAUGGCCAAGGACAGCUGCCUGCAGAGAAACUACUUUGCAAACGACAAAGAUAUUAUGGGCGUGGAGGAUUGCCUCUACCUGAAUGUCUACAGACCAAAGGAAAGAGAUGACAAUCCCAUGCCUGUGUUGGUCUACAUACAUUCGGGAGGUUUCUUUAGUGGUUCUGCCCAUCCAAUGGCCAGUGGUCCCGAAUACCUGAUGGAUACCGGAAAGGUGAUCAUGGUAACAGUAAGCUAUCGCCUUGGUCCGUUUGGAUUCCUUAGCACCGGUGAUGAGUACAUGCCCGGUAAUUUCGGACUUAAGGAUCAGCGGUUGGCCCUGCAGUGGAUCCAGAAACAUAUAGCUACAUUUGGAGGAGAUCCUCAGAUGGUCACGAUUUUUGGGCACAGUGCAGGAGGAAUAUCCGCACAUCUGCAUAUGCUAAGUCCCAAUUCCAAAGGCCUCUUUCAAAAAGCCAUGUCCUUGACUGGCACAGCAUUUAUUCCAGCCGUGAAGGUCCUUAAGGAUCCGUUGAGUCAAGCCAGGAAGUUGGCCAUUGAGAUGGGCAUCGAUCAGGCGGAGAGUCUCAGUAGCGAGGAUCUGGCCCAAGCUCUUCGAGACGGGUGUCCCAUGAAACUUCUCCUCAGUGUAGACAGCUUAAAGAUCCUUGAUGGUGUGCCUCAGCAAGACUGUGUCCCUGUUUUGGAGGACGUUGGAUCUUCGGAGGCCUUUUUGGUUGAAGAUCCCCUGAAAGCCCACCUGGCUGGUCGGAUUAACCAGGUGCCCUGGGCAAUAGGCAUCAAUUCUCGAGCUGGCGAGGGUUCCCUGACCUUGUUGCGCUCCUUCACGGAUCCUCAACGUAUGAUAGACUUCAAUGAGAAGUUCCUAGAACAUAUGGCCUUGGCGCUUAGUCUUCCCAGGGGAACUUCUCCAGAAAUGGUCAGAGAAAUACUGGAUGCAUAUAAAUUUCAGGGAGACAGUCUUAACAACGACACGAUGAUAGCUCUGGCCGAAAUCUCUGGGGAUUUUAACUUUUACUAUCCGAUUUAUGAAACAGUGUCCUCAUAUGCCAGCUAUGCCAAUCUGGCAGAGAAUCCACUGUCCAUGUAUAUCUUUGACUUUGGAGGUCUGCACUCCAUAACGCUUCUUUUCGGUGGUUCCACACAGGAGGACUUUGGAUUGGGAGCAGCUCACAUGGACGAUGGUCUGCACACCAUUAGGUUGCCAUUUCUCUACAAGGAUUUCCCCAAGGACUCGUUAGAUGCCAAAGUAGCCCAAAGACUGACUUCGCUGAUAGCAGACUUUGCCAAAACGGGGAUAUUUUAUGAAGAUGCUACCUGCAAAGCCUCGGAUUUUGAGGAUGAGAAAAUGUGCAACUAUUUACACUUCGGAGGCACCACGGAAAAAUACGAAGAACAUAUUUGGAAUAGCAUAAAACUUACAGCCUUUCCCAUAUGGAAAAAAGAUAAAAGCGAAAGUUUCAGCCCGAAGCGAUCGCAGUUGAUGGCAAGUCGCGGACUCCAGCGGACCAGGCUCUGUUUUCAGUCACUUCGUGGACCGCCGGCGAUGAUUCAACCACGGGCUCUGAUGCUGAUGCUGAUGCUGCUGCCACCGAUGCUUCUUGGCCAGCUUUCCGCUGGCCCUGGACCCUUCUCCAUGGCCUUGGCCACCGGGCCGCCAUCGCUCCAGCUCGUUGUGUGCCCGCCCAGCGUUGGCUGCCUGAAGGGCAUCCAUCGCCAGGGCUAUCAGUCCCAGCGGUUCGAGGCCUUCAUGGGCAUUCCCUAUGCCCUUCCGCCAGUUGGAGAUCUGCGAUUCAGUAACCCCAAGGUUAUGCCCAAGUUGCCGGGCGUCUACGAUGCCAGUCAGCCCAGGAUGGACUGCAUCCAGAAGAACUAUCUGCUGCCCACUCCUGUUGUCUAUGGAGAGGAGGAUUGCCUCUACCUAAACGUCUACAGACCAGAGGUCAGAAAAACGCCAUUACCUGUAAUGGUCUACAUCCAUGGCGGCGGCUUCUUUGGUGGCUCUGCAGGACCAGGAGUGUCAGGACCUGAGUACUUCAUGGACUCCGGAGAAGUGAUCCUGGUGACCAUGGCCUAUCGACUGGGACCCUUUGGAUUCCUCUCCACCCAGGAUGCUGUAAUGCCGGGAAACUUUGGCCUAAAGGAUCAGAACUUGGCCCUGCGUUGGGUGCAGCGCAACAUUCGCUCCUUUGGCGGCGAUCCCCAGAAGGUGACCAUUUUCGGACAGAGUGCCGGAGGUGUGGCCACCCACCUGCACCUGUUGAGUCCCAGAUCUCGGGGUCUCUUCCAUCGGGUGAUCAGCAUGAGUGGCACGGCCAAUGUGCCAUUUGCCAUUGCGGAACAGCCUCUGGAGCAGACUCGUCUCCUGGCGCAGUUUGCCCAGGUGCCGAAUGCCAGGAACUUAAGCACUGCCAAGUUAACCAAAGCCCUGCGCAGGGUGGACGCCACCAAACUUCUGGAUGCCGGAGAUGGCCUUAAAUUCUGGGACGUGGAUCACAUGACCAACUUUCGACCCGUGGUUGAAAGGGGAAUGGGAAACGAGGCCUUCCUGAGCGAGCAUCCCAAGGAUAUCCUGGCUCGAGGAUCACGACCUCCUAUUCCCCUGCUUUUGGGAACUGUUCCAGGGGAAGGUGCCGUGCGGGUGGUGAACAUCCUGGGCAACGAGACGCUUCGCCGGGGCUUCAACUCCCGAUUCGAUGAGCUUCUCCAAGAGCUGAUGGAGUUCCCGCCCAAAUUCAGCCAGGAUCGGCUCAACCAGAGCAUGGAACUCCUGGUGGCAGAGUACUUUCAGGGCCAGCACGAAGUCAACGAGGAAACUGUUCAGGGAUUUAUGGAUCUAAUUUCCGAUAGGGGUUUCAAGCAGCCCCUUUAUAAUACCAUUCGCGAGGAUCUCUGCCAUUCAUCGAAUCCUGUUUACCUGUACAGCUUUAACUACCGAGGACCCCUGAGUUACGCCUCUGCUUACACAUCCGCCAAUGUCAGUGGCAAAUACGGAGUGGUUCACUGUGAUGAUCUCCUCUAUCUAUUCCGUAGUCCUCUUAUUUUCCCCGACUUUGUGCGGAACUCCACGGAGGCAAAGGUAAUCCACUCCUUUGUGGAUUAUUUCGUGCACUUCGCCAAGUUUGGAAAACCGAGGAAUGUCGAGUCACUGACCCCCUGUUCCACUGAGGUGCUGCAGUCACGUCCCAACGGAAUUUGUGAUUACCAGGAAUUCUCCAAUGCGCCAGCUCCAUCAAAAGGUUUUGAGGUUAACGUGGCCAGCGAAUUCCAAACGAACAGGGUUAAACUCUGGUCCCUCAUAUUAGAUGACCAGUCAAUUGAGUCUUAAACUUGGUUUAUUGAUCAAAAUACACAUUUUUGGACCUGAAAAUACGUAGAAUAUAAAAUUAAGCCACAGUUAAUGUUUUAGGAAAAUAAACUUAAA